GUCUGUGUCGUCAUUGUUAUGUGUGUGUUAAAAAUGGCGUAUUCGACCCGCGGUGUGUAUGUGUGUCCUGCAGUUGAUCGCGUUGUUGUUUGAUGAUAAAAUGUUUCCUUCUUGAGUCACACCUGCUCGGCGUGCGUGUGCGUGUGCAUGUGUAUGUGUUCGGGGUGGGAACUCGCAUCCCUGUUGCAGCUGCAGUAGACUCCAGCAGAGAGAGAGGAGAGGAAGAAACGAUUUCUUAUUACAUUACCCGACAUAAAGAUUGACACCUUAGACAACAGACAACACUUCUAUAUCACCAUGAGGAACUGCUGACCCCCCUCACCUGACUACCAGAGAGAAGACACUUUCUUCCUCCCAUCCUCUCUCCCACUCCGCCCGUCUUCACAAGGAUAAGCGUUAUUUUCGAGAGUGGAAAAAGUGAACGUCAGAGGACAAACUAGAGAAAAAAGCUGAAGCCCUCUCUUGACCCUUGACCUCUAACCACUGACCUGUGACCUCAGUAUGUCAGGUCUGCGUGGUAAGCUGCAGCGUGUCCAGUGGCGGGCAGGAUGGCACUCCUUCACCUCCAGAGUCCUCAGGACCAAACCAGUAGAGAGCAUGUUGGACUCUGGGACAGGUGGUACCAGCAGCCAUGGCACCAAACUAGCGAGGGUGUUGUCCACGGUAGACCUGGUGUCACUAGGGGUAGGAAGCUGCGUUGGCACGGGGAUGUACGUGGUCUCUGGGCUGGUUGCUAAGGAGAUGGCCGGACCUGGCGUCAUCGUCUCCUUCAUCAUCGCUGCUGUCGCCUCUAUACUGUCAGGAGUGUGUUAUGCUGAAUUUGGGGUUCGCGUUCCCAAGACAACAGGCUCAGCCUACACCUACAGCUACGUGACAGUGGGGGAGUGUGUGGCCUUUUUCAUUGGCUGGAACCUGAUCCUGGAGUACUUGAUCGGCACAGCCGCGGGGGCGUCGGCUCUCAGCAGCAUGGCGGACUCACUAGCCAAUAAAAGCAUCUCUACGUUUAUGACUACACACAUCGGAACACUCAACGGCCUGGGUAAAGGAGAGCAGUCGUACCCAGACCUCCUGGCCCUGCUGAUAGCAGUAAUAGUGACAGUGAUCGUGGCCCUGGGGGUGAAGAACUCAGUAGGGUUUAAUAAUGUGUUGAAUGUGAUCAACCUGAUGGUGUGGGUCUUCAUGAUGGUGGCCGGACUCUUCUUCGUCAACGGACACAACUGGGACGAUGGAAGGUUCUUACCCUUCGGGUGGUCAGGGGUGAUGCAGGGAGCAGCAACAUGUUUCUAUGCCUUCAUAGGGUUUGACAUAAUCGCUACAACAGGAGAGGAAGCCAAGAGCCCCAACACCUCUAUACCCUAUGCUAUUACUGUUUCCCUCAUCACCUGCCUUACUGCAUACGUCUCUGUAUCAGUGAUUCUGACUCUGAUGGUUCCCUAUACAGAGAUCGAUGCAGACGCUCCUCUGAUGGAGAUGUUUGCUGUACAUGGCUGUUAUUUUGCUAAGUACAUAGUAGCAGUAGGCUCUGUAGCUGGCCUAUCUGUCAGUCUCCUGGGCUCUCUGUUCCCCAUGCCACGAGUAAUCUACGCUAUGGCUGGAGACGGACUGCUGUUCAGGUUCCUGGCCCAUGUGUCUCCCUACACUGAGACUCCAGCGGUGGCAUGUGUUGUGUCUGGCUGUCUGGCUGCUCUCCUCUCUCUCCUCGUCUCCCUGCGAGAUCUCAUAGAGAUGAUGUCCAUAGGAACACUACUGGCUUACACACUGGUUAGUGUGUGUGUGUUGUUGCUACGCUACCAGCCAGAAUCAGAUAUCCACGGCUUUGUGAACUUCCUGUCUGAGGAGCAGUCCAAUAAGAAGAAGGAGGGCGUGUUAGCUGAGUGUGAGAAGGAAGUGUGUUCUCCAAUCAGUGAAGUAGAUGACUACGGAGGACCUCAAACUAACACCUGUGGAGCGAAGAAUCUCCCCUCGCUAGGCGACAACGAGAUGCUGAUUGGUAAACCAGAUAAAACCACUUACACUGCCAGCCACCCGAACUACGGCACCGUCGACAUGGGCUCCGGCAUCGAAUCAGAAGAGUCGGAGGGCGGGAUGUCGUGGAGGCUGAAGAAGCUGAUUGGUCCGCGGUACUACACCAUGAGGAUCCGAUUGGGCCUGCCUGGGAAGAUGGACCGGCCCACUCCGGCAACGGGAAAGACAGUUACUGUCUGUGUCCUCCUCCUCUUCCUCGUCGUAUUCAUCUUCAACUCCUUCAUCAUCUUCGGAGCGGCCAGCAUCGGUGAUGGCAGCUGGUGGGCUCUUCUCCUGCUGAUCUUCCUGGUCAUCUUCAUGGCCCUCCUCAUCGUCAUCAUCCUGCAGCAGCCAGAGAACCCGAAGCGACUGCCCUACAUGGCUCCGGCUGUUCCCUGGGUUCCUGCUGCUGCCAUGCUGGUCAACAGCUACCUGAUGUUAAAACUGUCUGCCAUCACCUGGAUACGCUUCGCUGUCUGGUGUUUCCUAGGUAUCCUGAUCUACUUUGGUUAUGGGAUAUGGAACAGUACUUUGGAGAUCAGGUCCAGGGAGCAGGAGGUCCAUGCGUCUACAUACCAGCGCUACGAUGGUCACCAUGCCGGGGUGGACGACGGCUUCUCAGGCUUCAGCGUUGACGACGACCUCUACCCCCCUAGCAACAAUGACCCCUGGGCCGCACCAGACGGUGUUGACGGGUCAGGGCUGGUACCCCCCAAGGCUGAUGAUGAUGAUUGGAUGGAUCCAAAGGGAGGAGCUAAGAGAGCGCUAGCGGAGGAGGACCCAAUGGAUUUCUGAUGAGAAAGGAAUAAUGGACGGAUGUUUCCGAGAGGAUUGAUAGAUGUUACUGUUGUUAACAACUGAAUGUACUGCCUUCUGCCGGCUGCCUGCGUGCGAGUGAGUGAGUGCGUCCAUGUGAAUGUUUGUGUGGGUCCCUUGUUACUUAUUUAAAAACAUUUUUUUUUUCAUUGAGUUCCAAAGGAAGUAUGAUCCUAUGGAGGAAAGCUGUAGACUACCAAUCAGAAACAGUGCACGGGUUCUUUGGGUUGAUUUGGUGAUGGGCAUACAGUGAAGGUAUUUUCCUCUCACUAUAGACAGUCCAGAGUGAUGACAGACUGGGAGCGACUAGUCAGCAUUUCCUGGUUCACCACACACACGGGAAGCUGUCAGAGCGCUGAGCCAAGGUCACUUCCUGUCACUGGUCCAGGUGUCUGCUGCUUCUCUCAUCUCACAGAGAGGAAACUAGCUACACACACACAGACACUCUUAGACACACACCCGCCUCUCCAGUCUCUAUCUGGGAAUAGGGGGCUGAUGGGUUUUUUGUGUCACAUAGUAAUUGGACUUUGCUUGCAAUAGUGCCUUCAUCUGUGUGUGCAUGUGUGUGUGUUUUUUGGGUGCUGUGUGUGUGUACGCUUUUACACCUUGUAUUUGUGUCCCCUUCAGGGUCUUACCAGUGGAGUGUGUUUGUGACUUAUUUUGCUCCAUCCCACACUAUGAAUCCCCCCCAUCCCUCCCCCCACAAGCCCCUGUUGCUGUGUUACUAGAGCUCAGAAUGGAAAGGUUCUAAAUGACAGAUUUGUUCUAAACAGAGUGAUGGACGCCACCCUGCUCUGCUCUGCCUACAGAUGUGCUAAAUCUCCAAAUGAAUGUUACUAUAUUAGAAAGAAGACGAGAUGAGAAUUGCUCUCACAUCAGACAAAUAUCUCUGAGUGUUUAGUAACAUAGAACCCUCUAAUUCUAUGGUCUCCACCCCCUUGGGGAAGCCUUACUUGUCAAAUGCACUAAACUAAAGAUGCCACGCGAUCCCUCCUACUCUCCACGACCCCUAACUGCUGACCUCUAUCCCUAACCACUACCCAGGGUUCUCUCUGCUGUUCAGGGGUGGGCUCGCUUGUGUUGUCCAGUGAAACACACACACACACACACACACACACACACAGUUCAGCUGAACCCAAAACCAGAAAGGGGCUUCAGUAGGUACUCUGUGCUCCUUACUGUAAAUAUUAUGUCUCUGCGUGUGCGCGGGUGUGUAUGUGUGUGUGUGUGUGUUCCAUGCCUGUGGCUAUGUGACGUGGCUGGCUGGUGUAUGUGAUAGCAUGCUAAUGUGUAUAGCAUGGUUGUAGAUGCUGUAUUUGCAUGUGGUGACCGACAGCUAAGAGACAUUCUAGAACUAACAGCACCCUACUCCAAACUGACCCCUGAUCCUUGAUAAGGGAAACUAUAGGGUGAAGGGGACUGGUCGAUCUGGAACUGGGGUAUGAUAUGUAGCAAAUUUAGGAGUUGGUGGUUCUAUGGUUUCAUCUCCACCCCUCACCACCGCUCACUCCACCCCUUACCCCCACUAACUCCACCCCUCACCACCACUAACUCCACC